AUGCAUACUCUGGUCCCAACUCUGGUCGCUACCCUUCCCACCGUCCGUUUGUGCCUCAUAUUUAUUAUUGUUUUCUUAAUCGUUCGCCUUUCCAUCAAACGUUCACAUCUACUACCUCUACCUCCGGGUCCGUUCGGCGUACCAGUGCUUGGAUUCCUGCCAUUCUUAGGCCAAAACUACUUUCACAUCACUCUAACCGACUUAUCCAAGCGUUUCGGACCAAUAUAUCAGAUAUUUCUGGGAAACAAACGUAUUGUAGUCAUCAACGAUACGAAUAUCAUUCGCGAAGCCUUUCGACUCCAAGUUUUCUCCGGAAGACCCGAUACAGAGUUAACCAAAAUUCUUCAGGGAUAUGGUAUGUGA